AACGGGAGGAGCUCGUGAGUGGCUCUUGUGAUUGGGAAUGUGAUGUUCUUGUAUUAUCAAUCUUUAGAUGUGUUUAUACGUUAUAGAUUAUUAGAAAUUGAAAAUAAACUACAGCAGGUUUGCUACAUAGAGAAGUUUAUCUUCUAGAAAUUAUGUGCAAUUGUUAAAAAGUUUAAAUUGUGGUUUAUAUAAAUUAGGAAGAUACCUACCAAGUAAAAAACUAUUAAAAUUAUUGAAUUUUGUUGUGAUUUUAGAAUGAAAUUGGGUUAGCUUUAUUUACACAGUCAUUUAGUUUUACAAAUAUUUCAUGCAAUAAUCAGUUAUUUUGGGAGGGAUAAUAUGGCUCAGUUCUCAUCUUCUAUGCCAAGUCAAGAGUUUUUGUGGGAUGUGUUUCAAAAAGUUGACAGAGAUGGAAGCGGAUUCAUUUCAGUGAAUGAGUUGCAACAAGCCUUGUCAAAUGGCAGUUGGAAUCCAUUCAAUCCAGAAACGUGUCGUUUGAUGAUUGGAAUGUUUGACAAAGACAAGAAAGGACAGAUAACAUUUCAAGAUUUUGGAGCACUAUGGAAAUAUGUAACAGAUUGGCAGAGCUGUUUUCGCUCCUUCGACAAGGAUAACUCUGGCAACAUCGACAAGCUUGAGCUGCUGUCAGCUCUGCAGACAUUUGGUUACAGACUCUCUAUGGAGACUGUGGACAACAUUGUCAAGAAGUUUGACCGAGGGGGUCAAGAAAAGAUAUACUUUGAUGACUUCAUCCAGGCUUGUGUUCUCCUACAUAAUAUCACAAGCUCGUUCCGGCAGAUUGACACUGAUCAAGAUGGCAUUGCUACAAUCCAAUAUGAACAGUUUAUAAAUUUAGUGUUCAGUUCUUCAUUUUAAAAAUAACAUCAUCUAUGAUCUUGUAUAAUACCUUGUGCCUGACAUUGUUUUUUUAAGAUAAUAUACAAGAUGACACACUUGGAAUCUCUAGAACUUUAUAGAAAUACUGAAGAUUGCUAUGUAAGUUACAAGAUGCUUAGAUGUGAAUUUGCUAUAAAAAUUCGUUAUAUUUAUUUUUUCUUACAAGUUUUUGAAAUGUUGCUAAAUAAAUUUGUAAAUAUUUCA